AUAAUCAUAAUUAUAUUUUUUAAACAACGAAUAAUAUGUAUAUGCAUGUAGAAAUGAAAGCAUAUCCCUAAUACAGCGCGUUUGAAGGUGAUGUGUUCCUGCAGAUUGAAGUCCUGUCCUUCCAAGAUGGCUGCUGCCUUGGCCACGCCCACCCAAUUCCCAAUUUCCUCGGCUUUUUCCAAUAUUAAAGUGUAAAAAGUGUGCGAUGAGGGGGCCGACGCGAGUGCGGCGAGUGUGGGGACUUAUCGAACGAAGUGACAGGUCCUCAGGUUGUACACGAGACGAUCUUUGGCGCAGUGCUGGAUGAGGGGCCGUGUCUCUGUCAUAUCGCAAAAGGUGCAUAAAAUGAAUAAAAGUAGCAUUUGUCGGACAUGAACGUGUGAAAAGAGGUCGUGAUGCAUUAAAGUGAUGUGUGUAGUACAUGUAGUAGUGGGAAUAUUUGCUGAAAAAGGCAUAUAACUUGCUUGCUUCUGAAUAUUCAAAUUGAAAGUAACGCGCAAUCAAAUCAUUGUCAAAUCAUGGACUUCUUGGCCUUUUAAAUAGUCGGCAUGGAGCAAGAAAAUCCCAAACUAAAAUCUUCCCAGCUAUAUUCCAAUAUUCUUCCAUGCUCUCGUGCCGCCCUGACACUUUUGCCUGCAUUUUUUUGGAGACUUUUGCACAAUUUUCGUUCUUGGUGUUUGUGCUGAGGGGCAGAGGAGGACGUUGAGGAAGGUCUCCGGCAGGAAACGUCUCACCACCACCGCCGCCACCGCCACCGUCAUGUCUGAUAAAGGUCGUGUGUACCAGGGUGUGAGGGUGAAGACCACAGUCAAAGAACUCCUGCAGAGGCACAGAGCUCGGGAGGCCAGCCGUAAAAAAGUCAAAACGAUAUCUCAAGCUUGUUUGGAUCUUCAGGCGCUUUGUGCCUCGACUCUUCCAAAUGUCUCUAUGGAGGCUCCCCCCGUCGACCCCCCCGCGGACCCCGGCCCUUGCGGCGCUGCCGCCCACCUGCUGCGCCCCGCCAACGACACCCAGGAGCUACACAGCAGCUUGUGGUGCAACCAGCAGCCGUUCGGAGACACCAUGAACUACAACAACUACAACAACAACAACUACUACUACUACAACACCGACACGUGCCUGCCUGCUUUCCCGCCAUGGAGCCUCGCGGACAACGAGGACUUUGUGAUGGCUCUUUGCUCCUCACCCGAGUCGCUGAAGCUCUGCAGCCCGGCCGAUUCUUUCUCCUCCUCUUCCUCGUCCUCCUGCUACGACUCUCCUCCCAGGAUGGAGAGCUGCUUCGGCGGCUUCACGUCAGAAGAUUGCUCCUGCCCGCCCCCCCAGGAGAGCUUCUGCGCUCCUCAGGGUUCCUCCUACUACACGCAGUACACAGACUUUUACUCCUUCCCGGCGGAGGAGAAUUACUACAAGACCAACACCGACAUGUGUUACAAUGUCCUAUGAUGAUGCGUGAAUGAAUGAAUGAAUGACUUUGCUUUUUAUACUCAGAUUUAUUUUCAUACUCACAACGUGAUGACCUUCUUAAUAAACAAGAAGCCAACACAUUC